CGCAAAAAAUGCAAUAAUUGAUUUUGUCAUGUUUUUUUCGAAGGCUGGAUUUGUGAAAAAUGCUAUUAUUGUUUAGCUUUGUUUUGUAAAUUUAAAUAUAUUUUGUAAUCUUAUGUACGUAUUUUUAUGCAAAUAUCCUGUUGGUCAUAACACAUUAAUGUAAUACAACGUCUAAAGGCAGAUAUUUUUAGUUUCUUCAGUUCCAAAAAUAGUCUCAGUAAAAUAACAAAAAUGGGUGACGAAGUGGCUGAAAAUGACAGCAAAAUGGAGACUGAGUCGGAGGGAGAAAACAGUGUAGUUCACACAGAGGAACAAGAUGCGGAUAUGAUGAGCAUGUUUGCCAGUGUGUGGGUCAAAGUAGAGGUGGAUGAGGAUGAAACCAGUGAAAUUGGCAGUCGCUACAAAAAAUCUUCAAAAAAUAAGAAAAAGAGAAAAAAAUCAAACAAAGUUCUCAAUUGCCCACAAUGUGACUACACCACCGCAUACAAAAACUGUUUGCAGGCCCACGUCGCUGGUCACAGUGACUCCAAGCCCUAUUCCUGUGAUCAGUGCCCGUACACCACCAAGUACGCUACAGCUCUGCAGCGACACAUCACUAUCAAGCAUACGGAGCGAGAGCCCAGGACCCUCACCGAUGAGCAGAAACAGAUGAUGACUCUUCACAAAUGUGACAGCUGUGAAUACUCUUCAUACUUCAAGUGGAAUCUGAAUGCUCAUAAACGAAAACACAAGGAAGAAAAACAAUUCAAAUGCAGGCACUGUGACUAUGAAACCGCAUACCGACACAACUUCCUUAAACACAGCAAAGUCCACAACGAAGGAAUGUUCUACAAGUGUGAUAAAUGCCCUUUUGUGACUAAAUUUGAAGGCCACAUAACGAGACAUCUCUCCAAAAUUCACAAUGAAGUCACGGAAAGAGCUAACAAGUGUGAUAUGUGUGACUUUGCAACACUGGUUGGUUGGAGGUUGAACGUUCACAAGCAGAGAAGCAGACAAGAGCAUCCUAUUAAAUGCAUGCAUUGUGACUUUGAGACUUUUUACAUGUGCGAGAGUAAAAAGCACAAGGUGUCCCAUUAUGACAAGAUUUAUGGUAACGGUCUUCUUAACAAUAAACCAGACUUAGAACAACCAUCGCUAGAGGCAGAGAAAGCUGGUCAUCUUGUUACUGAUAUUAAUGAACAUAAGCGUUCAUCGAACCAGUACAAUCUAGACCCAAACUGCUUAGAUUGGAACAGCAUCCAAGUUCUAGAAUCAGACAGUAAGGAGAAGCCAUUUCUAUGCCAUAUGUGCAAUUAUACGUCCAAAUUCAAAGCUGCUGUUCAACGUCAUUUCCAAAGACACCACACUGGCGCUACAAACCGCCCUUACAAAUGUAUAAACUGUGACUUCUCAACUAAAACUAAGGAUCAGAUCGCUUUGCACAACAAACGAAGCCUGUCAGACAAGAUACUGUUCUGUGGCAUCUGUAAUUUUACAACCAAUUUCAAGUGUCAGUUCGUUAUGCAUCAGAAAUGCCAUUACGCGUACAAAUGUACAUUAUGUCCGUACUCCUGCAAACAUAAGUAUGAGCUACAGAAACACUUCACAAUGAUGCAUUUAGGUAAUGGACUUAAGUGCAGUCACUGUGACUACCGAGCAGCUAGGAAGGAAAGUCUGCUUUGUCACGAAACAAUACAUACGGGAAUCAAGCCGUUCAAAUGUACUCACUGCCCCUACAUGUCAGUACGGAAAUGUUUGCUGGAUUGUCAUUUAAAACGGUACCACAGCAAUAUCAAGCAAGAUAUCACGAUUGUGAGUGAGGAUAAAAUUGAGUCGUUAAAAGUGCCCCUACCACAACUCAUCGGUGACCAUAUGGAUCCAAAAAUAUUGGACAGUUUGAAAGAUAUUAAAGAAAAAAUAGGAUGGAAGGACCCAAGAGAAAAAGAAGUUAAGGAAAAAUUGGAAAUAGUCAGUGGCAUUCUUGAAUAAGAGUUUAAUUAUGUAAUCCACUGCUGGGCAAGGACUUUCUAGCCCUCACAAAAAUAUUGAAUAUUAUUAUAGAUAUUACAUUAAGGCUUUCUAGAUAUAUUUAGGUUAUAAACUGUACAAAUACUUGUAAGCAAUAUUAAUAUUUUAAACUUAUACAAAUAAAUGAAAUUGAAGUGUA